CCCCUUUGCCCAUUUGGUGAAGACCGCGUAAGACUGCAGCUCCGGUCCCUGAGGUGUGGAUUCUUUCUCUCUUACUGCGACGCAGCUGGUUACAAACAUUCAUCCCAACAUAGAUUAAAACGGCUUCCAAAGUCCUUGAGGAUAACUGCCUUGGUGUAACCUCUCUGAGGAAAGAAUAACAUUAUGAAGAACAAGUAUACGGGGUAGUGUUGAAGAAAUCACAUACAGAGACACCAAAUCCCAGAAGCCCAGUAAUGGAGACCCCCAAGAAAAGGAACCACCAACAGAACGUUGGGAUCUUACGCCUGAAUGGGAGAGAUAACACGAUCAGGUUUUCCCUUCCCAAGUGCAUGAAAUGGAAGGUGAUCUGCAAGAACUGUGCCAGUGAAAGACCUGGGAUGACUCUGGAUUUUCAUUCUGGCGUCAAGGUGAAGAUUAUAUCAAAAGGAGAACCCUGUGAAAUGCCAGAAACAGUGCCUGACCUGGAAGCUGAUCUCCAGGAGCUGUCUGAGUCAGAGACUGGGGAUGAAUAUGAAGAUGGUCCUGUGGUCCAGGGAAACGGUAUGCCAAAAUCAGAGCAGUUUAAAAUGCCAGAAGGAGGGGAGGGGAAACCACAGGACUAAACGAAGACAAGCUGAAAGAAUGCAAACUGAAUUCAUCCGAGAUAUUUUACUUUAAAAAAAUCUCCAUAAAUCUAUCCAGUUUUCGUCAAAGAAGUAUUGCACAUCUUUUGUUCAUUUAUUCUCAUAUAUUAGACACUAUUGGAAUUUUUGGCCAGAUGCAGUGGCUCACGCCUGUAGUCCAAGCUUAUUGGGAUGUGGAGGCAGGAGGAUGGUUUACGCCUGGGAGAUUGAGAUGUGCCUGGGCGACAUGGAAAAACCCCCUCUCAACGAAAAUAAAUGAAUGAAUGCAUGCAUGUUAUGCAUGUAUGUAUGUAGGUGUAGUUCCAGCUACUCUAGUAGUUGAGGUGGGAGGAUCCCUUGAGCCUAGGGAGUCGAGGAUGCAGGUAGUCAGGUUCCCAUUACUGCAACUCCAGCCUGGGUGGAUGAGACUUUGUCUGAAUAAAAAAAUAGUAUCAUUUUUACAACUUUGCAUUCUGAUUGAGCUGGUAUACACAUGUGUGAUAUUGUGAAAUAAAUACUUGGUCCUGGAACCUGCUUACCAUCACACAA